UCAUCUAUCUAUCUAAUCUUCUUUUAUCUCAUUAUUUAAAAGUUCACAAUGUCUACUAGAAAGAGGAAGCAAGACGAGGAGCUCGUCGCUCUCCCAAGUGACGAGAGUGAGGAGGAAGAAGAGUAUGAAGACUCUGAGCCUGAGGAAGCUGCUGGCGAUGAAUCAGAGGAAGAGGAGGAGGAAGAAGAGCCAGAAGAUGACGAGGAACCUGAAGGCAUGUAUACUCUCUUUCUAUGCGCGAUUUUAUACUUCACCCCUGCAUUCCUGUCUCUAUUCUCAAUUCCUCGUAUCAAAGUUGUAGCAUAAACUAACAAUAUAUACCAGAAGCACCACCUGCCAAAAAGAAGCGCAAAACUGCUCCAGCACCAACGGAGAAAGUCCCCGUCGCCGCAGUUCCCGCCAAUAACGGCAACGGCAAAGCCAAAGCCCC